UUGAAUUUUUCUGAACAUCAGAACAUUUUAGUGUCGUAAGCAAAAUGCUAACGAAUUUUCUUAGAAAUGAUUACAAGUUUUACUGCUAGUAAAUGUCUGUUAAAAAAAUAUCGGGAAUUGUUGAUUUAAAAAGCGGGCGUUACACAUAUGUAUGCCGCAAUUUUUUUGCUGGAAUGUUUUCGAGUGCCGCAACGUUGAAAAUGUUGCAGAAAGCGUAUGGCGAGUGUGGUUUAUCAAAAACACUGGUCUACGAGUGGUAUAAGGUUUUUUCAGAGGGCCGAGAAGUCGUCGAAGAUUCGCCCCGAUCUGGUCGCCCAUCAACGUCUUCAACGGAUGAAAAAGUCGCCAAAGUUAAGGAAAUGGUGCUGGAAAACCAUCUUUUAAGUUUGAGGGAGGUAGCUCGUGACCUUAACGUGUCUUACAAAUCAAUUCGCAACAUUUUACACCAUCAAUUGGGCAUGGGACGCGUGGCUGCUUGACUCGUUCCAAGAGAGUUGAAUUUCUUUCAAAAAUUCAUCGGAAGAAGAUGGCUGAAGACAUGCUUGAGUAAGUAAAUUCGGACGCUACGUUUAUCCAGAGCUUUGAGUUUGACGUGCAAACCAGUCAACAGGCGGCUGAAUGGCGCUAUCCACAUGAGCCGAAACCAAAAAACCACCUCGAAAAUGAAAGUCCUGCGUCUCGUUUUCUUUGAUUAGCAUAGUGUGCUCGAUUUGUGGAAAAAAAAACUCAUGGACCUAGCACCAUGACAACGCACCGUCUCACAAGGCUCAUAUUGUGAACACUUUUUUGAGCAAAAACUCGACAAAUAUCAUCGAACAAUCAGCCCUCUGUAAUUUUUUUUCCUUUUCCCAAAACUUAAAUUACUUAAAUUACUCCGCGGGCACCGCUUUGAGUCGAUAGAGGCCAUUAAGGAGAAUUAACUGAAGGAGCUGACUAAGAUCUCUUAAACGCGUUUAGAAGGUGCUUUGAUGACUGGACUAAUGGUUGGCAUAUGUGUAUUGCUUCGAAUGGAGCCGAUUUUGAA